ACAUGGUAGGUUUUCUCUUGACGUUAGGUUAGCUGUUUAUUCUCUAUAUAACACACUGUGUUUUAUUUACAUUUCCUGAUAUUCGAGUAUGCUUCAUAAUUGAACGUCAGAGAUGGGUUCGACUUCAAAAAUGACACACACGGUUUUUCUGAGUGUCAUCUUCAGCCUGAUAGCCGUGGUUUCUGGCCGCAGUCCACGCACUGUGGAUCAGGUGUCGGAAGCGGACAUCCAGCGCCUGCUUCACGGUGUAAUGGAGCAGCUGGGCAUCGCGCGGCCCCGGGUCGAAUAUCCCGCGCACCAGGCCACCAACAUAGUUGGUCCUCUCAGCAUCCAAGGUGGUGCUCAUGAGGGGCUCCAGCAUCUCGGGCCGUAUGGGAACAUCCCUAACAUUGUAGCAGAGUUAACAGGGGACAGUGUUCCCAAAGAUUUCAGCGAGGACCACGGUUAUCCUGACCCUCCCAACCCUUGCCCCCUUGGAAAGACUGCUGCAGAUGGGUGUUUAGAAAAUUCUCCAGACACUGCAGAGUUCAGUCGAGAGUUCCAGAAACAUCAGCACCUUUUUGACCCAGAGCAUGACUAUCCUGCACUGGCCAAGUGGAAUAAAGGACUGUUGUAUGAAAAACUGAAGGGUGGGCCAAAGAGAAGAAAAAGGAGUGUUCCAAAUCCAUAUCUGAUGGGACAGAGGCUGGAUAACGUGGUGGCCAAGAAAUCAGUGCCACAUUUCCCAGAGGAGGAUGAGGUUGAAACCGCUACAAGCAAUAUCAAGACCUGAACAUCAUGUUGAUCAUAAAAUCUGUAUAAUCAACAUAACUUAUCAGUUUCACAGUAAAGUAAGCACCAAAUGAUGUGUGAUAUUCAACUGAAUCAUAUUAUUAAUAGAGCAACAAAUGAUGAUUGUAUAACAUUAAUGAAUAUUCUCUUGACGCAACUUUUGUUGUAACACUAUAUAAUCAAAUAAAAUGAUGUAUAUCUUCAUGUGCAGAUAAUUUGAAA